CUUUUUUUUUCACACACACAUUCCGAGGCAGGGAGAGAGAAAGUGGGUGUGUGUGCGGUGGAGCGUUUUUUGGAGAGCUUGUCAUUACGCACGCAGCGCUUUGACAGUUCACACGCCGUUGGUGUACACGAGUCUCCUGCGUUGUACACACACUCGCUGAAGGCGCAGGCGGCGAGUGGACCUGCGGGUUCAUGUCACUCUGAUUUACUCCGAGGAAGAGGAAUUUACCGAGGAAGAGAUCGACACAAAGCGGAGGGAAUACGCUUCUACGACGAUGGCUUUCUCAAACGUGUGGAACUACUGUGUCCCGUUGACCAUCUUGACCGUUGCCUGUCUGAUGCGCACCGCUCAUUGUCAGACGGUGCAGACGGAGAAUGUGACUGUUUUGGAGGGAGCCACAGCCCAGAUCUCCUGUCGUCUCCAUAACUAUGAUGGGUCAAUAGUGGUCAUCCAGAACCCGCGCCGACAGACGCUCUUUUUCAACGGCUCCAGAGCUCUGAGGGAUGAGCGGUACCAGCUGGUCACGUUCACGUCGCGGCUCCUGCGUAUUAGCGUGGCCAACGUUAGCGUGUCUGAUGAAGGCGGGUUUUACUGCCAGCUCUACACAGACUCCACACACCACCAGGCUGCCACGCUGACGGUGCUGGUGCCCCCGGACACGCCCACGGUGGAGGUGAAGCAGGACGCGGUGGAGGGGGGAGAGUCCGAGCUCACCUGUGUGUCUCCCAGGAGCAAACCCGCCGCCACGCUAAAAUGGAUGCGCAAUGGACGAGAGAUCCCAGGUGUGGUGCUCCAACAAGACCAUGGGAAGGUCUUCAGCGUGUCCAGCACCAUCAGGAUCCCCGUGGAGAGGAAAGACAACGGAGCGGCCCUGAGCUGUGAGGCCUUCCACCCUGCUCUGGACGGGCCUAAGAGGAUCCGCCACUACCGCCUGGAUGUCUACUUUGCCCCUACAGUACGAAUCAUCCCUCCCACUGGAAUCCUGAGAGAGGGAGACUCACUCAGCCUGACCUGCUCGGUGACUGGGAACCCGCUGCCGUUGAACAUCCAGUGGUCCAAGAUCAAUGACACUUUACCAGAGCGAGCGGAGAUCUCAGGGCCCACCUUCCAGAUCUCUCGUCUUAGCCAAUCACACAACGGCACGUACCUCUGCCAGGCCCAGAACGACUACGGCCGGGCUGCUGACCACUACACCCUGCUGGUCUACGAUCCCGGUGCAGUGGUGGAGACCCACAGUGCAGUACCGUAUGCGGUGAUAGGGGGCGUGCUUGCGCUGCUGGUGUUCACCGUCAUCUGCGUUCUCAUCGUCACCAUAUGGUGUUCAGUCCGACAGAAAGGUUCCUAUCUCACCCACGAGGCCAGCGGAUUGGACGAGCACGGCGAGGUGCAGGAGGCCUUUCUCAACGGGAACGACGCCAGCCAGGGCAAGAAAGAGUACCUGCUGUAGCCCCGCCCCCUUUACCCGGGCCCCUCCUCCUCCUCCUUCCUCCGAUACCCCCCUCUCUCUCUCUCGUGACCUCCUCCCACUCCCCCCACCCUCCCCGACGACCCCCUUAUACAGUAUAAACAAGAACACCACACACACUUGUACCGACACAAGAGGAAGCCUUUUCGAAACAGACUGUACGCCGAUAUCGCACACAGCCGAUCGUCCGCACCAUUCCACGCCAUCCUCCACCACCGACCCACAGAAAGACAGAGAAAAGAGGAGUCCAUAGAGCGAGCGGGCGUUAAAAACUCGCCAUACGCUGUAAGAACUGAAAUUGAAAAGAGAGCGGGAGAGAAUGGGGUGAAACCUCAAACCGCAAAUGGCGUGAUUAUUUUGAUGGAGAGAAGCGUGCACAAAGAAGUCAAGAUCUGCUACAAAGGUGCAAGAGGGAAUUAGACGCAGAUCUCAGUUGUAAUUCUACGCCUAGAGAAAGCUUGUAUUGCAGAAAAGUUGAAUGGCAGAUAGAGAGAAGAAUACAGAAGGGAGCAAGACCAAGGGCUUGCCCAGCAGCUAUUGAGCACUCAGCACAAGAAAAUUGAAAUUUCUCGAAAAUUGCCAUAGCUUCUCGACUUCGCAGUGUAAUUUUCCAACAAGAGUCCCGGAAUGGAUCCACACUCGAUGAACUAGCUAACCGCGCCGUUUUGCAGUCUCCUCUGGGCGCCGCGGUAGUAAUUUGUGAAAAAAAAAUAAAACGUCAGCUUUUAGCAAGUUUUCUGUUCGGGGUAGACCUUUCGAUUCUCUGAUUCACCUGUUACCAUCCUCUCCCCUCACUUUUUAGCUCCCCGCCUGUUCUCGCGCCUCUUCUCCUUUUGUUGGCUCCUAAUAAUGAGCGGAUUAGCCACGCAGCGACGUUCACGACGAAGAAGAAGAAAAGAAGAACACGACUACGGAGGCAUUAAAGACGAGCGUAAUUAUUUCUGAAUGUCAUUAAGAGGAUCAAAAGAGUUCAAAGUCUUAUAAGAAGGGCAAAGGCUGCGCUAGCGAAGGCAAAGAAUGACAAAAAUGAUGGCGGUUUUACCUGAACGCUCCCAUACACACUCACAUACACACAUUGACAGUAUACAUAUCUCUGAAUUAUUUGUAUAAAAAUGAACAACGUUAAAUUAAAACUUUUAAGAACACAGUUUAAUAUUGAUGCAUUAUGAAGCAACUAUACUAACAGAAUAUUAGCCAAUAGUGGCGCGAUGCCGAACAAACUACUGUCCAGUGAUCUUUAAAGAAAAACGUGAAAAGUACAAAAAAAUCUAUCUUCAUUUGUCUUUGAGAAAGCAGAGGUCUUAUUGAUUUUUUAAUUAUUUUAUUUGGAGCAAUUCUGAUUGUUGUUACUGUUAUUAUUAUUGACGUUGUUCUUAUUAUAUUAUUGUAAAUGUUAAUGAAAUGUACACUUCUCAUGGUUUGUUUUUGGUUGAAAUGUAGAGAAAUACUAGCUGUCUUUUGCCACUCUUUUUCCUAUUCCUUCACUCUUUCUCUCUCUCUGUCUAUCUCUCUCUCUUGGUCUCCUGUGCCUAGUCGUCUCUUCUCCUGUCUCUCACUUAAUUCUUUCGUUUUUUCCAAGUCCAUGUGUCAUUGUUGAUAUAUAGCUAACUAUUUCUUUAUAGGGGAAAGAUACAAAGCACGACAAAAUAAAAAAGAUUUGAAAAAUAA